AUGGAGAAAGUCAUCAGUGCGCUCUCAGGAGAGCAGGUUGCUCAUUGGAAAGGAGUUUUUGACGUGAUCGACCAAGAUCACGACGGAAAGAUCACAGAGGAAGAUAUCAGAAACACGUACACCAGCCUCGGAUUGAAGGACGAGGGAGAGGCCCAAAAGAUGAUGGCAGAGGCUGGUUCCGAAGGGCUGGUGUUUAACAAUUUUUUGAAGCUGAUGGGCUCGAAAUACGGCGACUUCAGCGACCGCAGCGAGCUGAAACAGGUGUUUGCGACCUUCAAAGACGACUCCAACACUGUGAACGCCACGGAGCUCAGGGAGCAUCUCGCAAACGUGAGCAGUGCAAACCAGGAUAUUCAUUUGAGCAAGGAGGAUAUGAAAAACGUGCUAAAGUCGUUCAGUAAGAAGAGCGAUCUUACGGGAAAAACCGCCUUUGCAGCCGACAAGUUCAUCGACACAGUUUCACAUUAGGCAAAUACAGAGCGAGUCAAUGAUACAUUCAAUUUCUAUGCCAAACGAUAAAUAAAAUACAGGUCCAUUAUUGAUCAAUAAUCAGCUCGUCGACACUCCAGUCCUCGUAUGAGCCGUCAGGCAGGUAUCUUCUGAUGAUUAGCGGGAUUUUUCUCUGCGAGAGUUCUUUGAGGGCGAUUUGCAACGGGUCAGUCUCUCCCUCGAUAUCGACCAGCACAGGAGCAUUCAUGGAGAUUUGUAGAGCUCUGGUACCCAAUAUUCUUGCUCUUUCGUAUUUCGUCAUGUAUGGCGUGGUUGUGCGCUGGUCUUUAGGAAUCGCGAGGUUCUUGCCCUUCUUGUGCGUGCUCCCGUUGGCAAAAGCCUCGGCGUCGUCUGGUCCCAGGCCUCCUUUCACGAUAGUCUUUCCAUCUUCGGUUUCCAAUGGCUCCUCGUCACUGAACCGUUCCUCCUCGCUCAGCUCUAUGUCCUCUUCAAAGUCGUCGAACUUUUCGUUUUUGAAUCCAUCAUCGUCAUAAUCUGCCAUAUUGCGUCUGUUGGAGGUCUAUUGAAGACUAACAAACAACACCGUUAUUUUGAAAAAUUUUUGCUAAGACAAGGGCUCCUUCCG